AUGAGCAUAAUCUGUCUGUUGCCCGUUAGUAGUUUUGCAAAAACGAUCAUGAUUUUAGGUGAUAGCUUAAGUGCGGGUUAUGGUAUCAACCCACAACAAGGCUGGGUUUUCUUGCUACAGCAACGCUUAAACCAACAAUUUCCCAAACAACAUAAUGUGGUGAAUGCCAGUGUAAGUGGUGAAACCACCAGUGGUGCGUUGGCGCGUUUUCCAAAACUUUUACAAAGCCAUAAACCUGAUAUCGUGGUGAUUGAGUUGGGUGGCAAUGAUGGUUUACGUGGUCAACCGCCACAAAUGAUUCAGAAAAAUCUUGCGCAAUUAAUUCAACAAAGCCAGAAAAGCCAAGCCACGAAUCCGAUGCAACAUGGGUGCAAUCACAAUUUCAAUAAUCAGUUGAUUGUCGAUGCUUGUUUCAUUCCUUUGCUGGGCACGUUGCUGAAUAAUGUCUAA